AUGUCGUCAAAGGGGGUACACAAGAAGACAAAAGCAGUAGAUGCAACCAAGAAACUAGCAGAGAAGAUCAAGAAGCAGGCCCUUGCAAAACAAGCAGCGCUACAGAAAACCCCAUCCUCUCAACCAGAACCCGUUUCUUCUGCUUCUGCUUCUUCUUCGGCUUCUUCGUCAUCCACAUCUGCAACAACAGCAGUUGAUCCAGAUGCAGAGCUCAAAUUUGAAACUUUCGCAGAGCUAAAUCUCGUUCCAGACUUGCUCGAGUCGAUCCAAAACAUGAAAUUCACCAAACCAACACCAAUCCAAUCCGAGGCCAUCCCCCACGCACUAGAAGGCAAGGACAUAAUCGGCCUUGCCGUCACUGGGUCAGGUAAAACCGCUGCCUUUGCAAUCCCCAUACUACAAUCACUCUGGCAUGCACAGACUCCAUACUUUGCCCUCGUGCUUGCCCCUACUCGAGAACUCGCGUUCCAAAUCAAAGACACAUUCGACGCCUUGGGCUCAACCAUGGGGUUGAGAUCGGUGUGCAUCGUGGGCGGAAUGGACAUGAUGGACCAAGCACGAGACCUCAUGAGGAAACCGCACGUUGUCGUAGCAACACCGGGCCGUAUCAUGGACCAUUUGGAACAUACCAAGGGGUUCAGUUUGAAAAACUUGAAAUAUUUAGUUAUGGACGAAGCUGAUCGGUUAUUGGAUAUGGAUUUCGGUCCCGCGCUAGAUAAGAUCCUCAAGGUGAUUCCGUUGAAACGCACAACCUAUUUAUUUUCUGCUACAAUGACAAACAAGAUCGAGAAGCUUCAGCGGGCGUCGUUGCAUAACCCCGUGCGAGUCGCGGUGUCUACGAAAUACCAAACUGCCGAUAACCUCAUCCAAUCGAUGAUGUUGGUAAAUGACGGGUACAAGAACACCAUCUUGAUCCAUUUGCUCAAUGAGUUCAUGGGCAAGUCGAUCAUUGUGUUUACGAGAACAGUGGCCCACGCGCAACGGACUGCUCUUCUUGCGCGGAUAUUGGGGUUCGACGCCGUGCCGCUCCAUGGCCAACUCUCGCAGGCCCAGCGGUUGGGAUCGCUCAACAAGUUCAAAUCCGGCAAGUCAAACAUUCUCGUGGCGACCGAUGUUGCUGCGAGAGGAUUGGAUAUCCCCUCGGUGGAUGUGGUCAUCAACUACGAUAUACCGACGGACUCCAAGGCCUACAUCCACAGGGUGGGCCGUACUGCUCGUGCUGGUCGAUCGGGCAAGUCCAUCUCGCUAAUCACGCAGUAUGACUUGGAGAUGUAUUUGAGGAUCGAGAAUGCAUUGGGCAAGAAGCUCCCAAAGGAGGAUAAACCGGCCAAGGAGGUGUUGGAUGCGUUGCAUAUACACGUGGACAAGGCCACUGCUGAAGCCAUUAGGCAAACGAAGGAAUUGCAUGACAAGAGAGGUCCUCAUGGUAAGAGACGCAAGAACGAUGAUCGUGAGGAAAAGUAG